CCAGAUCUGAUCCAGUGCACCAACGAGAUGAAUGUGAACAUCCCUCAGCUGGCCGACACGCUGUUCGAGCGCACCACCAACACCAGCUGGGUGGUCGUGUUCAAAUCCCUCAUUACCACACACCACCUUAUGGUUUACGGCAAUGAGAGAUUUGUACAAUAUCUGGCCUCCAGGAACACAUUAUUCAACCUCAGUAAUUUUUUGGACAAAAGCGGGUUACAAGGAUAUGACAUGUCCACCUUCAUCCGGAGGUACAGCCGCUACCUGAACGAAAAAGCAGUCUCGUACAGACAAGUGGCUUUCGAUUUCACAAAAGUAAAACGAGGGGCGGAUGGCGUAAUGAGAACUAUGAAUACAGAGAAGCUCCUAAAGACCAUCCCAAUCAUCCAAAACCAGAUGGAUGCGCUUCUCGACUUCAACGUAAAUGCCAACGAGCUCACAAACGGGGUCAUUAACGCUGCGUUCAUGCUUCUGUUUAAAGACGCCAUCCGUCUGUUUGCGGCCUACAAUGAAGGGAUCAUCAACUUGCUUGAGAAGUACUUUGACAUGAAGAAAGCCCAGUGUAAAGAAGGCCUGGACAUCUAUAAGAAAUUCCUCACUCGAAUGACGAGAAUCUCAGAGUUUCUUAAAGUGGCAGAGCAAGUGGGAAUUGACAGAGGGGACAUACCAGAUCUAUCACAGGCCCCCAGUAGCCUUCUGGACGCCCUUGAGCAGCAUUUGGCUUCAUUAGAGGGGAAAAAGGUCAAAGACUCCACGGCCGCCAGCAGAGCCAGUACGCUGUCCAAUGCGGUGUCCUCCCUGGCCAACACGGGUAUCUCUUUCACCAAAGUUGAUGAGAGGGAAAAGCAGGCAGCUCUGGAGGAGGAGCAGGCGCGGUUAAAAGCACUUAAGGAGCAGCGUCUGAAGGAACUGUCCAAGAAGCCCUCCACAUCCUCCACGACUGCUGCGUCUCCCGUUUCCACAGCGACGGGGACCAUCAGUACCGCCCCAGCCAUUGACCUAUUCUCCACACCCAGUAGCUUCACUAACAGUACUUCGAAGGUGCCGAACGAUCUGUUGGACCUGCAGCCGGCGUUCCAGCCCUCCCUGCCUCUCUCCACCGGCCUGCCUUUAGCCAACACAUGGGGAGAUCCUUUCACGUCUACAGAGGCUGUUGAUGACUCCAUUCCAAACUUAAAUCCUUUCCUUACAAAAGCAGUUGUUGAUCCUGUCCAUCUGCCUGUUGUGUCUUCAGAUGCUGUUAGUUUUUCCUCUAGGACACCCAGUCAUGAAAUGUUUGGUGAUAAUUACAAUCCCUUUAUUGAUUCGAGCAGUUCCGUUGCAUCACCCGUCGAGCCCUCUGCUCGGAUGGGCUGCUUCCUCUCAGACUCAUUCUGCUCUCCGGCUGCCUACCCUAACACUCCUCUCUUCCAAUCUGAGACCUCCGCUGUAGCUGGACUAUUCGGAGGGUUCUCUGCACCUUCCGCCGCCCAGCCUCCCAGUUCGACAGGCCUUAAUGUCGACUUCGACUCCGUGUUUGGCAAUAAGUUGGCCGCGAACAGCACAGACUCGGCUGAUGAUAUUUUAGGUGGCAUCCUGAAACCCACAGUGGCCUCUCCCAACCAGGGCCUGACGCCCAGCGCCCAACAGCCAGGCAAACUGGUUUCCGAUGACUUGGAUUCUUCCCUUGCCAACCUUGUGGGCAAUCUCGGUAUUGGAAACGGAACAACAAAGAAUGACAUCCACUGGAGUCAACCCGGAGAAAAGAAGUUGACUGGAGGAACCAACUGGCAACCAAAGACAGCUCCGACCACAACAUGGAACCCUGCCACCAUGAAUGGCAUGCUUUUCCCACAAUACGCUCCUUCUGUCAUGGCCUUCCCUGCCACGACGCCCACAGGAAUGAUGGGAUACGCAAUGCCCCCACAAAUGGGCUCCAUGGCCAUGAUGACCCAGCCCACCAUGAUGUACACCCAGCCUGUGAUGCGGCCGGCCAAUCCCUUUGGCCCAGUCUCAGGGGCACAGCUCUCUACAGCCUCUAGUCCUUCCAGUUCAAGUCCUCUCAGAGCUCCGGGACAGGACCCUUUUGCACAGCUGUCUCUGAAGGAUUUCCUUUAGAGCGUCUUUAGAUGCAGUUCAUGUAGGUGAAGGAGGGUCGAUGCUUCCCAAGAAUGAAUUA